AUGGCCCGUCGGCUCGUCGCCAUCGCCGUCACCGCCCUCGCAAGCAGCGUGCGUUUUGCCGAGGGCAGCUGCCGUGAGUGCGCGAAAGACGGCAGCUGCUCCGAGGCGUUCAAAGGCGCGCCUGGCCACUACUGCGGACCAUACCAGGACGCCGAUUGCUGCUGCCCGCACGGCGCGCAGUGCUUUGUCUCGCCGUACUUUUGCCAAUGCCUACACAUCCCGACGUUCAUAGCCCCGACGCCACCGCCCGUAGGUGCAGUACCCGAGGCGAAGACCGUUAAGCAGCAUGAAGUGCUCGGUAUCGCCUUGGUCGUCAUACUCGUGUGGUGCAUUCUCAAGCGGUGCCGCAAAAAGCGCGAGAUGCGCCGCCGCGCCGAGUACAUUCACCUCUCCGAGGUCUCUCGUCCGCAAUACGUGUAUGCAAGCCAGCCGAGCUGGCCAACCCAGCCCAACUAUGGCUCCAACCAGAGCCAGCCGCCCAUGUACCAGCAUCCACCGCCCAACUCUGGUCCAAGCCAGCAGUAUGCCAUCUACAUGCCACCGCCAACGUCCCAACAACCGUUGUCGUACGCCCAGCAGGCGCUGCCGACCGGAGACUACGGGCAGCGCUUCAACCAGUCUGCCUAUCCUACCCAGCAGACCUCGGCCAUUCCCAUGGCGAUUCCAGUCGACACGCCACCGACAACAAGGUCGGAAAGCAAAUACAUCUAACAUUCACACUACGAAUUGC